ACGCAGUCUACAACCAACCUUUUUUGUGCUUGCAUUGACGAACACCACACGCACGCUCGCUGCUGCUUCCUCGCCUUUUGUCGCCCGCGCUAUCCGCCAUGGCCCAGCCAGACUCCGCUGAGCUCAAGCUCAUGCGGUCCACCAAGUUCCCGCCCACGUUCUCCCGCAAGGUCGACAUCCGCAAGGUCAACAUGGAAGUCAUGAAGAAGUGGAUGGCACAGCGCAUUACGGAACUACUGGGCAUGGAGGACGACGUGACGGUGGACUUUGCGUACGAACUCGUUAACGACAAGUCGGGUGCCAGCUUCAACCCCAACAUCAAGCUUCUACAGAUCAAGAUGCAGGCUUUUCUGGGCGAGGAGUCGAGCGCCAAGUUCGCGAGCGAGUUGUGGGAUCUGAUGCUGAGCGCCCAAGAGAGCAGCUUAGGCGUGCCAAGCCAGCUGCUGGAAGCGAAGAAGGCCGAACUCAUGCAGGAAAGGGAAGCUGCCGAGCGACGGGCUCAAGAGGAGAAGAGGCGGAAGGAGCGCGAGGCUGCGCGAGAUAGAGAGAUUGACGAUCGACGACGACGGGACCGCCGGGACCGCAACGAACGACGCGAUCGCGACUAUCGCGGCGGCCGAGACAGCCGGCGAUACUCGCCCAGACCUAGAUCCAGAUCUCCGCGCCGACGAAGAGAGUACGAUGACGACGGUGACGACGGAUCGCCCCGCCGCAGACGGUACCGCUCGCGUUCAAGGACGCCCCCCAGACGAGAGCGUAGGCGAGACGACUCGCCCCCGCCGUACAGGCGGCGAAGAAGCAGCACGCCCCCGCCACGGCGUCGUCGCAGCCCGGACCGCGAUCGCUCUCCGAACUCCGCCGCCAGUCGGCGCGGAUCCUCACCUCCGCCACCACCUUCCCGCAGGAGACGGAACUCGUCGUCGCCGUCCUCGGGCGGCUGAGAAGUGUCGACACCACAUUUUGACGUCUUUUGUGCACCUUUCUCACUUAUAUCCAGGGCGGCCCUCGACAAAGACUUGGAAAAAGAAAAAGGAAAUAAAGAGAGAAAGAAAAAAAAAAAGGAGAUAGGAAUGAGAAGAUCCCCUCCCCCCGAAAACAAAGGAGUAAGAAAGGCCAAGAAGACGAGGACAUAGAUACCAAGCCUCCACGAACACAAUCCAACCCGCGCCCUUGCUGUGACGGCAACUCCCAUCUCCCCAUCAAAACAAAGGAGACACGCGAGGUCGCUUUGAACACAGCCGUUUUCCUAGGGAGCCAGCUGCGGACCCAAUCGACGUAGACGCUGAAUCGUGAGGGGCCGGGAAGGUUAGCCCUUCUUUGCGAAACCCACUUUUUCUCUCGCAGUAUGUCGUACUCGUCUUAUCAUGAUCCGAGCCAAGGCAAGUAGUUCACGUAGGCAGUAUAUAAAGACAAAUGAGAUUUAUUUUAU